AUGCCAAAGACCUACGCUUGCUCUAUCUGCAACCAAACUUUUCCCAAGUUCGCCGACUGCAAGACACACGAGGCCAUACAUUCACCAGAAAAAGCGUACUUCUGCACCUGGGGCGGGUGUAGCUUUGUGACAUUGCAUAAAACAAGUUUCCAUCAUCAUACUGAUGGGCAUACGGGCGAGCAACGCUUCAUCUGUCCUCACGAUGGCUGUGACUACAAAACUCACACCUCUUCCAACGUUACAAAACAUCGCAAGAAAGAACAUGGGUAUGUUCCUCGGCCGUCCAAUCGUCGUGACCCGGCCCAGUCGUCGUCCCAGCCUCCGCCGGCGGAAGAGCCCCUUCCCCUUGAUACAUUCUACCAAUACCCAUACGAACUCCAACGCAUGCAGCCGCAACCGCAACCGCAGGCCAUGCAAUCCUAUCCCACCCAAUACCAACCCAUGCAACCGCAGGCGAUGCAGUCCUAUCCCACCCAAUACCAACCCAUGCAACCGCAGGCGAUGCAGUCCUAUCCCACCCAAUACCAACCCAUGCAACCGCAGGCGAUGCAAUCCUAUCCCACCCAAUACCAACCCCAAUCCACUCAAUACCAGCCUCCCCCACUUAUCCACAACCAGUCGCUGGGAGUCUUAUACGGCCCAACAGAUACCGCAAGCGACUAUACCAUGUAUCCCGGACCCGCGAUGGCCCCAAAUGGGUGGACUGAGGGAUGCAUGUUUCCUGAGAUGAUGCAGAGACGCCCUUCGGACAUGCCAGGGUAUGAGUAUAUGCGGGCUUAG